AAACUUCAAGAAGUAAGAACACCAGAAGAAAUCGAGGAAAAAUGACCGAUGUGAACAUUAGCCUGGAGUGUGCCGAGUGCCACCAUAGUCGCGGAGUCCUCUACUACGCCAAUCCCUUGGCCUGGGGUCGUCCAUGCCGCCGCUGCCGCAAGAUGAUGUCCCGGAGUGUGGUGGUGGUUCCCACCCAGGUUCAGGCUACACCUGCCCAGGUGGUGAUGCCUGCUCAAACUACUCAAACCACUACAACCACCACUACUUCGGUGCCCAUCAGGGUCACCACCUACUAAAGGACCUUGCUGUAUUUUGUUGUAGAAAAAUUAAAUAAAAAAAAAAUCAUUUAAGAAAUUGUUGAAUAAAAAAUGCAAAAAUAAUGAUAUAAAA